UGUACAUGGUAAUAGUCACGUAGUUCCCAAACUGAAAAUGAAUGUAUUGGCGGUAGUGUACGGGAGAUUUCGAUGGUGAUAGGAAAAAGCAGGAAGAGGCCGGCAUGGCCUCUAUGAACUUUCCAUUAUUCACAUGUGAUUUGUGUCAUUAUGCGACGUAUGCGUUUAUAUGCGCAUAGGAACCGAGCUGAUAAAAAAAUUACACUUUCACCCAUUCAUAUUUUCAUCCAUUUCGGACAUAUCUACUUCAAUUAGAUAACGCUAUAAAUAAUUUUCUGUAAACGAAUUCUCGAUCCUUCGCGCACAAAUAAAGUUUUUGGCACGGUUGCACUAAGGUUAUUUCCACUUUAAGCGAGGCUUAAAAUUCUGCAUCUCUCCCACUCUCUCGGCUUUAAAGAGAGAAAGUGAGUUUUAAGUCGCUUAAAGUUAAAGGGUACUUUCCAUUUGAUGACACAAGUCGACACUAAUCGACACAAGCGUUCUAUUUUUCUUGACAUUCACAGAGUGACAAAGAUAGAACGACACUUGUGUCCACUGUAUCAUCAAAUGGCUGGAAAGCACCCAAAGAGUAGCGUGAAAUCGAGCCUUAUAAAAAUAUUUACAUCGUCAUUUAUAACAUUGUGUUUAUAAUAAUAUUUAUAACGUUUAUGCCUAUAUUCUUAAUGAUGUAAUAAAUCGUAAUUACACAAAACAUGUAAUUUAUAUUUUUAUCCUUCGGAGACCUUACUGGCUGAUUACUGUUUUGUUACAUGCACAUUUUAAUAAGUUUUUUGUGAGCCUGAAUAGAACUUUACGUAACGAUUUUCUUUACGUAUCUUCGAGAAUUUUCAAGUUUUGUAACGGUUCGACUAUCGACCCAGUAAUUAGUUUCCUAUAGUUUGCUUUCGAGCGGAUGCACGUCGCACGUGGUGUGAGUCUUAUCGCAUAAUCCCAUUGUCGUGGCAUCUUCCAGCAGACCACAAUAGUGAGCAGAAUUUAUACGAGAAGUUGUUUGUUCCCUAGCCUGCUUUUUCUGAAGAUGACCAUCACGCUUUACACUACUGAGAUGAAUGAAAGUAUGUCAUCAGAAGAAGAGGUGCUCACUGAUGUUUCUUGCGAGAUAUCUAAUUACGAUAACAAUGGUGAGGUAUUAUCCCAUAAACCCUCUUCUUUAGAGGAUCAAUCUAAGGGAGAUCAACAUAAGCAGGAAGGUCAACCUAAGAAGGAUCAACCUAACGAGGAUCAACCUAAGGUAGCUCAACCUCAGGUGGAUCAACUUAAGGAAGAUCAACCUAAGGUAGAUCAACCUAAGGAAGAUCAACCUAAGGAAGAUCAAUCUAAAGAUCAAUCGAAGGGGGAUCAAUCUAAGGAGGAGUGGUUAGAUAUAAUUGGUAAUGGUCAGCUGAUGAAGAAAAUCAUAAAGAAAGGCACAAAAGACGUAAAGCCAAUACAAAAAGAUGUAUGUACACUAACGUUUACUGGUGUGCUUGAUGAUGGCAUAGUGGUGGAAGAUCAAGAUAAUGUUUCGAUACAAUUAGGAGAUUUUGAAGUAGUACAGGGAUUAGACCUAACAAUUGUAUUGAUGGAAUUGGGUGAAAUUGCUGAAAUAAAAAUCGAUCCUAGAUUUGCUUAUGGCACACGUGGAGAAGGAUCAAUACCACCUAAUGCUACUAUUACAUACACAGUUGAAUUGAAAGCAAUAGAGGAUAGUCCUGAUAUAGAAAGUCUAAGCGUCAAGGAAAGGAGAGAACUAGGUAACAAGAAACGCCAACGUGGAAAUUGGUGGUUUGUUCGCAAGGAGCUUAAUUUUGCAAUACAGUGUUAUCAGAGAGCAUCAGAGUAUCUACAAAUAGAUGGUAUGAAUUGGAAUGAAGAAAAUGAAGAAUCAGGGCCGAUUACCGAUAGCCAAUUGCAGGGACUGUUGGAUGAUUGCAUAAAAGUGUAUAACAAUUUAGCGGCUGCAUUAAUUGAGAUGGGAUCUUACAACACAGCUUUAGAAAAUAUAGAGAGAGUUCUGAAGUAUCAACCAAAAAAUUUAAAAGCUCUAUUUAGAAAAGGAAGGAUAUUAAAAGCUAAAGGGAAUUAUGGAAAGGCUUAUAUGGCUUUCCUUGAAGUGCAAAAGAUAGAUCCAGAUGUGAAGUCGUUGCAAACAGAAUUAAUGACUUUAAAAGAAAUAAUUUUAAAACAGACUGAGAAAGAAAAGCAUCUGUAUGCUAAAAUGUUGGGUAUAAAUAAAGAGACUGAUAAGUCGUCAAAGAAUAUAAAAGUAGAAGAAAAAAGUAAACUCGCUAAAGGAAUUCUAUGGACUGCGAUUGGAGCAUCUGCUGCUGUUAUUGGUAUACUUGUACACAGAUUUGUUUCAUGAAGAAAACAGAAAAUGGAUAAAGACAAACCAGAGUUAAUGAGGUGCAGGACAAGUUGUAUUUUUUGUGUUUUUAAUUAACAGAAAUAUAUAAUUAAAUAUAUUAAGUUUUUUAAUUACAUAUCAAGUUAUAUAUUUCUAACGAUA